AUGACGGUCGAAACGGACGCGCGGCUGUACGUGCCGCUCAAGGUACGGCGCCAGCGCGAGCAGGAGCAACUGCAACAACGCCGUACGGUCCUCCGGCAACGUCUGCAGAAAGAACGGAGCGAAACGGACAGCGGAAGCGACUCGGACGAGCUGCAGCCCAAGAAACAAAAGACCGCAAUCGUCUCGACGCUAGUAACCUCGACCUUGAUCGAGUCAAAGCUGCCCGAUAUGUCCUCUAUCACUGCAACUGUAGAAGAGGAGCAGCAGAAGCAGCGAUCGAGUGUGAGUCUCUUGGAUCAGGCGUAUGAGAUGCGUAAGCGCAUGGAGGAGCAGGGCGUGAACCAGCAAAAGGUCCAGCAGGACGCCGAGGAGAUUCAUAUGCUCAAGGAAGCGAGUUACGUGCAGAAAGUGGCGCUUGUGUCGGCUCAUGAACGAGCCGAGGGGAUCCAUUACAGCGAGACGAUGCAGACGACGUGGCGACCGCCACGUUGUGUGCGGGACAUGACUCCAGACGAGUGUGACGCGGUUCGCAAGAAGUGGCACAUUAUGGUUCAAGGCGAAGAUGUGCCGCCACCUAUCAAGUCAUUUGAGUAUAUGCGGUUCCCGCGCGCAAUUCUUGACGCGCUGAAGGCCAAAAAGAUCUUGCGACCGACACCGAUUCAGGUGCAAGCCAUGCCGUGCAUUCUUGCAGGACGCGACAUGAUUGGCAUUGCAUUUACCGGAUCUGGAAAGACCGUGACGUUCACACUGCCGCUGGUGAUGCUGGCGCUCGAAGAGGAAACAAAAAUGUCGAUUGUUGGUCGUGAAGGUCCGUUUGGACUGAUUGUAGGUCCGUCGCGCGAGCUCAUGAGACAGACGUUUGAUGUGGUGAAACACUUUACAACCCACUUGUUCAAGGCAGGGUACCCCGAGCUUCGUAGUCUGCUCUGCAUUGGCGGAGAAGAUAAGCGGCAGCAGUCGGACUUGAUCGCCAGUCGCGGCGUGCACAUUGUGGUGGCUACGCCGGGUCGAUUGAACCAUUUUUUGAAGCUAGGUGAGAUGAAUCUGCGCUUGUGCAAAUACAUUUGCUUGGACGAAGGUGAUCGCAUGUUGGACUUGGGUUUCGAUGAGGAAGUCGCUACGACUUUCAACCACUUUACUAGUCAGAGACAGAUGUUGCUCUUUUCUGCUACGAUGCCGCAAAAGUUCCAGGAUUUUGCCAAGGAUGUGCUCGUGAAGCCUGUUUUAGUCAAUGUUGGUCGUGCCGGUGCUGCGAACUUGGAUGUGAUCCAGGAAGUUGAGUACGUGAAGCAGGACGCCAAGAUCGUGUACUUGCUGGAGUGUUUGCAAAAGACCGGCCCUCCUGUUGUUAUUUUCUGUGAACGCAAAGGCGAUGUUGACGAUAUCUACGAAUACCUGAUCUUGAAGGGCGUCGAGGCAGCCUCGAUCCACGGUGGCAAGGACCAGGAGGAGCGAAAUGAAGCCAUUGAUCUGUUCAAGAGUGGAAAAAAGGACGUGUUGGUUGCCACGGAUGUGGCCGCUAAGGGACUUGACUUUCCCGAUAUUAAGCAUGUCAUCAACUUCGACAUGCCGGCCGAAAUCGAAAACUACGUGCAUCGAAUUGGCCGUACUGGUCGUUGCGGUAAGACUGGAGUCGCUACGACCUUCAUUAACAAAAGUGUGCCAGAGAGUGCGCUUCUGGAUCUAAAGCAUCUACUUGUCGAGGCGAAGCAAACGGUGCCACCAGUACUCAUGGCAUUGGAGGAUCCGUACGAGAAGUUGGAGCGCAGUGGCGAUGGACUUUCAAAUGCCACUGGCACCAAGGGCUGUGCGUUCUGCGGUGGUCUGGGUCACCGCAUCACAGACUGUCCAAAGGUGGAUUCGCAGGUGCGGAAAAUCGGUGCAGGCAAGCGUGACUUCCUUGCUGGUAACAGCGAAGGUUACGGUGGAGAUUCGCUUGGUUGA